CAGUGGCAUCGGAGCCUCCAGCAUGGCGAACAGACUCAGCUCACUUCCCGAUUCGCGGGCUGAAUUAGCUGAACUCGUGAAGAGGAAAGCUGAAAUCGCGGAGACAUUGGCGAAUCUAGAACGUCAAAUCUAUGCAUUUGAGGGAAGUUACCUGGAAGACACGCAACUGUACGGGAACAUUAUCCGGGGUUGGGAUAGAUAUCUGGGUCAACAGCGAAGCACCAAUUCAAAGUCGGAAAAGCGAAACCGAAAGUUCAAAGAUGCCGAGCGAUUGUUCUCUAAGUCUUCCAUCACCUCUGGCGCGGCCGUAUCCGGAAUGGUUGAUGGCGGAGGUGAAGACGGAGUCGAUCACGACUACGAACCUGCUCACAGUGAAGGCGAAGAAAACGGAGCUCUAGUACCUGGACCCAUUGUCAGCUCUGCGUCGUCCACCUCAAGCAACUGCAGUGGAGUGAAUGGCGGUCAUUCCCCCCCUCACAAAAGUCAACCCCCACCCCUUUCAAAAGGCAGAAAAGCAGCCACAAAAAACUCAAGAGGCGUUCAGUGGAGGGCUAGCUAUCCCCAAUUCCGUGAUGUGAUAUACUCGUGAGCAACUUGUACAUAGAGCUCAUCCCCAAGAGGUCGAUACCCCGAUUCCUACCCAGGUCGAGUGGCAGACAGGUUUCAUCUGUUCCUGGUUCCGUUCUGUCUUGUCUCAAAAAACGCCGAAAUGAGCUAUUUGAGGUGAUUCGUGUUUUAAUUAUUAUAUCACCUGAAGCUCAUUGAAGGAAAUGUUCGAAGAAACUGUAUAUUCCUGUAGACACCUCUGUUCAUUCGAAACCGCUGAUCGUAUGACGACGAAUCCCCUCACCAAAUAAAACCCCGAUGGUCAUUAU